AUGGACAGCUGGACCCUACGGGGGGACAGCUACUCCUUCCUCCGCAGCAGCGCUCCUCGUGUCUUCUCUCUGCACCACCGUGACGGAACCCCGAACCACGUGGAGAUCUUUGACAUCACCAACAUCCCCAGCCAACGCUCAGCCAUCUCUGAGACCACCUGCCUCUGUGACAUCUUUGGGGACGACUGUGAGUCACUCUCCGGUAGCCCAGCUACAGGGGCCUUCGUCCACCCUCCCGUCCCCCCACCCAGGAGGGAGGCAGCAGGGCCAGGGCAGAGCUCAGAGUUGCCCCCAGUGUUGCCCUGCGUGGUGGAUGAGCUGAACGACUCGACAAGUUCUUACCACACAGCACCAGAGAGACUUGAGGAUUCUACAGAGAAGCUCAGUCCUCCAACGCAGAGGGAGAAUAGUUAUAAUUUAUCUGAAGGCUGGGAUAUACCUGAGUUAGUGGACUCCAUCAGUACACCUGAGUUAGUGGACUCCAACAGUACACCUGAGUUAGUGGACUCCAUCAGUACACCUGAAUUAGUGGACUCCAUCAGUACACCUGAGUUAGUGGACUCCAUCAGUACACCUGAGUUAGUUGACUCCAUCAGUACACCUGAGUUAGUGGACUCCAUCAGUACACCUGAGUUAGAGGACUCCAUCAGUACACCUGAGUUAGUGGACUCCAUCAGUACACCUGAGUUAGUGGACUCCAUCAGUACACCUGAGUUAGUUGACUCCAUCAGUACACCUGAGUUAGUGGACUCCAUCAGUACACCUGAGUUAGAGGACUCCAUCAGUACACCUGAGUUAGUGGACUCCAUCAGUACACCUGAGUUAGUGGACUCCAUCAGUACACCUGAGUUAGUUGACUCCAUCAGUACACCUGAGUUAGUGGACUCCAUCAGUACACCUGAGUUAGUGGACUCCAUCAGUACACCUGAGUUAGUGGACUCCAUCAGUACACCUGAAUUAGUGGACUCCAUCAGUACACCUGAAUUAGUGGACUCCAUCAGUACACCUGAGUUAGUGGACUCCAUCAGUACACCUGAGUUAGUGGACUCCAUCAGUACACCUGAGUUAGUGGACUCCAUCAGUACACCUGAGUUAUUGGACUCCAUCAGUACACCUGGGUUAGUGGACUCCAUCAGUACACCUGAGUUAGUGGACUCCAUCAGUACACCUGAGUUAGUUGACUCCAUCAGUACACCUGAGUUAGUGGACUCCAUCAGUACACCUGAGUUAGAGGACUCCAUCAGUACACCUGAGUUAGUGGACUCCAUCAGUACACCUGAGUUAGUGGACUCCAUCAGUACACCUGAGUUAGUUGACUCCAUCAGUACACCUGAGUUAGUGGACUCCAUCAGUACACCUGAGUUAGUGGACUCCAUCAGUACACCUGAGUUAGUGGACUCCAUCAGUACACCUGAGUUAGUGGACUCCAUCAGUACACCUGAGUUAGUGGACUCCAUCAGUACACCUGAGUUAGAGGACUCUAUCAGUACACCUGAAUUAGUGGACUCCAUCAGUACACCUGAAUUAGUGGACUCCAUCAGUACACCUGAGUUAGUGGACUCCAUCAGUGCACCUGAGUUAGUGGACUCCAUCAGUAGACCUGAGUUAGUGGACUCCAUCAGUACACCUGAGCUGAUACCUCACUUGUCCCCUGCAGAGAGAGACCUGCGCUCCUCAGAGGAAGCCCAGAGCACCAUCUCAACACCUGCCCCCAGGUACACCCCUCCUAAACCUGUCACCUCCUCACCUAAGCUCAGGUCUACCAGUACCACACCUGAACUCAGAUCAGCCAGCAUCACACUUGAAUUGAGAUCAACCAGUGUAACACCUGAACUCAGGUCAGCCAGUGUCACAACUGAAGUCAGUUUUGCUAGUAUCACAUCUAGUUCUGAACUACUCAGGUCAACAAGUCUCACACCUGAUUUGAAAUCAGAUCCAUCCUCCCCAACUAGCUCAUACCACUCAGGUUCCUCCUCAUCCUCAGACACCUGGAUAAAAACGUCCUCAAGAACCCCCUCACCUGAAACAAGGUACUAUAGAACCCUAUCAAGAACCCCCUCAUCUGAAUCAAGGUACUAUAGAACCCUAUCAAGAACCCCCUCACCUGAAACAAGGUACUAUAGAACCCCAUCAAGAACCCCCUCACCUGAAACACGCUAUGAUAGGACCCUAUCAAGAACCCCCUCACCUGAAGUAAGGUAUGCCAGCCCCCCUAUAAAACCCAGGAGCUCAGCGCAGUCACCUGCGAUCAGAAUCACAUCCUCCACACCUGAGAUCAAGAGAAGAGACUUCACACCUGAGGUAUCUGGACAGGUAAAGGCCAAGUCCCUGGACCCUCGAUUCAACUCCUCCUCCACCCAGGUCUCAGGUAUCACCUACUCCAUCCUCUCCCCAGAAGCCAGGGUCUUGGUGUCAACACCUGAGAUCAAUGGUCUCCUCUCCUCAGCUGAGCCACAAGGCAGAACACACCUGUCACCUGAGAGGAAGAGCACCACCCCUACCGAAGAGAACAGAUGGAACCGUCUCUCACCUGACUCCAUAGGUAGAGGUUCCUCACCUGGAAGCAGAGGUACCAACUCCUCACCUGAGAUUACAGGGAUAUACAGCUCUAUCGUACAUCCUCCUGAGACUAGAGAAAUAGCUGCAUCACCAAAGCCACCCAGAUAUAAAAACCUCUCACCUGAGUAUAAAACCCCUUCACCUCUGAAGAGUCAAACUGUCUCACCUUAUCCAACAUAUAAAACCCCCUCACCUCUGCUUGGGUACACAGCCCCCUCACCUGGAGUAGAAGCUGCUCGCUCCUCAUCUGAGCUAAACACUUCAGCCCCCUCACCUGGAAGUCCUGGCCCCUCACCUGAACGCAGGGCUUCACCUGGCUUACGUGAGAGGCGUGUUGGUGGCCUAUCAGAGCGACUCAUUACUAAUGGCACCUCAAACCCCUUGGGUAAUCACCUUUCUCACGACUUUAGGGAAGCAUCACCUACUGAAGAGAGUAGAAAGACCACCUCUUCACCUAUCAUAAACAUCACACCUGAAAUCAGAAACUUCACACCUGAAAUCAGAAACUUCACACCUGAAAUCAGACCCAUCUCACCUGAUCCCACUGUUUCUUCUAGAGGAAGGAGCCCCUCUCUUUCACCUGACCACGGGGUUACAGGCAACUCACCUGUCCAGAGACUGGAAGAUCUGGAGCCUAAACAUCUAGUCUCAUCUCUAACCCCUGACCUUAGUGACAGCAGCAACCCCUCACACAAGUCUCCUACACCUGAGCAUCCAUGUAGAGAAACCUCACCCAACUCUAGGAAUAAAACCAUAGAGAGGCUAACUGUAGCAGACAUGGCUCAUCAUAUGGGUAAGGAAGACACCUCUUCUCCUCCCCUCACCAGGUUCACUCCAGUACACAUCCUAUCCCCGGUCCCUGGGAGGCCACAUGGCCACUGGGGAGACAGGAAUCACAGACCCCCUGAGAUCCAGGCCAUUGAGGUCAUAAUGGAGUCUGAGAACAUGAUGGAGUCUGUCACAGAGGCUGUGACAUCCAGGGGAAGCCCCACUUUUUCAUAUGUUGACAGUAACACCCGGGCCUACGACAGCCAAUCACACCUGGAAAGGUUGGAAAGGGAGGAGGAGAGGGAGAUGUUGUGGGAGAUGCAAGAGAGGGAUAGAGAGAUAGAGAGGGAGAGGCAAAGGGAGGAGGAGAGAGAAAGAGAGAGGGAGAGAGAGGAAAGGCAGAGACACAGGGAGGAAGAAAAGGAGAGGGCAAUGGAGAGGGAGUGGCAAGCGGAGAGGGAGAGGGAAAGGGAGAGACAGGGGGAGGAGCAGGUGCCUGGAAAGGGGGAGGGAAGGCAGGAGGAGGCCAGUUACAAGGGGGAACAGGUUGACCUGUCAUUCAGUGUCAGGAAUAGAAAAGGGCCUGCAAGCCGCGACGCAGCUCCCACAAGCAGAGAGAGUCGACAGGGAAUGCCAGCCGCUUGCUCCUAUUCAGAGAGGUUGCUCACCACCAGACUACAGCAGAUACAACAGCUACAACAGCAACAACACGGUAUACUGCACAGAGCUGCACAAAGCUCCCAGCCAGAGACAGCCAGAGGAGGUGGACCGGGACCCACCAAAAAGAUUCAGCACCAGCCCAAGUACAAGCCUGCGAUACCCCAGCUCGGGAACUCCGUUCCUGGAUGUGUCUCAGUUAACGGCUCCAGCUCCAGCAUGGGCAGCAAGCUGGAUGAGGAGGACAACGAGGUGAAGUGGUUCAGUGACGUGGCCUUCCGCAGCCUGUCCUCUGGAUCCCCUCAGGUGGACUACCUGGACAUGUACAACUCCAGCCACCGCUCCUCCACCGGAGCCUCCCAGCCCUCCACCCAGGACAGCCCAGCGGGGGCUAAUGCAGCCUGGCUGGCCUAUGCCGACCUCAGAGGUUCUGCUCCAUGGCUGGACAAUGAAGACUUCCCAGUCCCACGCCAGCAGCAGCAGCCCUCCUCUGGGGCUUGUUAUCCACCCCAUGACGACCUGGACUCAUCCAAAAAAUAUGAGAUGGGCAGCUUUGAGUGUGUGGACGUGGCUGUGGAGAGAGAGGAGCCCAAGAAGGUGAUGAGAGGAGUGCCCAAGAGACAGAUCCAGCUGAAGAGAAGGAAUACGGCCGAGCUGAAGCUGGGUGAGAACAGUGAUGGUAGUCCCAUCAUGGUUCCUGGUCCUGUAAUGGUUCCUGUGGCUCCUGAGGCUUCUAUUGUUCCGAUGGACAGUACCUCUCUAAAGAGACACAACAGAGAGACGUUGCAGAGACAACACAGCACUCCUCCGGCCUUGCAGGAAGCCUACUGCCCGGAACCCAGCCCUGAACCUGCCACCGAGAGGACUGAGCAGACCAAGAGGAAUGGCAAGCUCCAGAAGUCUUUGUCCCUGGACGAGACAUGUACCAAAACCAAGAUGGCCACCUGCCUGAUCAACAACAUCCUCUCCAAGAAGAUGCAGAAUGUUGGUAAACAAACUGACCAGAAGGGAGAAGGAGGUGACCUCAGCCCCUCUGAGGACAAAACCCCUCUUCCCCCUGAUAGUGAGGCGUCAACCCUUAAACCAAACUCUUGGAGAACUGACCCGGUCAAACCAGAGAUGAGGUCUGAACUGCUGUUCCCGUUUGAGAGUAAAGAACCCACAGAGAAGAAUGCCAAUAUGGGGGAUAAGCAGACACAUGACAGUGAAUGGAGGGAUGAGAGGGAUGACAGUAAAUGGAGGGAUGAGAGGGAUUACAAACAGGCAGGUGACUCAGCAGAUGCAGCUGCCCGGAACACCAGCGUUCCCACUGCCACCCGAGCCAGCAGCACGCAGGCAGGAAUGACAAACACAAAGCUGGAAUACCCCUCUGACUCUUUAAACCAUAAACAUCCGAGCGUCAAGAGCACCUACAUGUCCAAAACACCAGAGAUCACUCUGAAACCCAGCCCUGUUACAGAGAUAAAGAAAACCUCUUCUCUCAACAUCUCACUGUUGCCUGAGAUAGAAACUAAACCUGAGGGUAACCACGAGACUGCCUCCCCUGGGAAGACUUGUCAGAGAGAAACAACAGAAGAAGACAGGACAGUGGAGACUUCACAUACAGAAACCAGAGAGGAAGACAGGAGAAUAGGGACUUCACAUAGAGAAACAACAGAAGAAGAUAAGGGGGUGAAUACCUUGAACAAGAUGAAUGAACAGACUGUGAAUAUGGAUGCCAAUAGGAACAGUAAAGCCAAAGCUCCCAUGCACAAAGUGAGAGAUGUGAGAAGGCUGGUGAAAAACACAUACAACCUGUCGUUCAAGGCCAUGCCAGCACCAGAGAAGGAGGAGAGGAGUGAGGAGAGGGGAGAGGAACAGAGACAGGAAAGGAGGGAGGAGAGAAAAGAGAAAAGGAAGGAGGAAAGGAGGGAAGAGAAGAAAGAUGACAGAGUGGAAAGGAAAGAGGGGAGGUAUGAAGAGAUAAUAGUAAGGAGAGAAGAGAAGAAAGAGGAAAAGCUACCACCUGACCCAAUAUCUCUCCAGAAAGAGGAAAAGCUACCACCUGACCCAAAGCCGAUGCAGAUGGAAUUCAAAGCUAUCAGCUGGAGAGAAAACAAAAACAAAACAACAACGUCCAACAAAACAGACAGAGAAACGUCUAGAGGCGAACCUAAGCCUGAUUUUUUACAGCAGGUGUCCAAAGGACCCCGGAACCUCUUUGAUGUAGCACCUAAGAGUUGCGCAACAGAGGAAGUAGCUGUGACAGAGACAGAGUCAAACCAACACAAGACCCCUGUAAAGGACACUGUCAAAACAGAACCAGGCAACACCAAGGUGAAACCCAGUGAAACAGAGUCACUGAGAGUAACCAGGAGACACCGAAGUAUAUCAGAGGCUAGUGACAAACCUGAAGUGGUGAGAAGAGAUACCAAGCCACCUAUGCUGGGCAGCAGCCCUAAACUCCCCAGUAAAGACAGAAGAGUGUCUUGUGCUUCUCUGGUGCUACAGGAUGGAUCUAAUAAGCCCAAGUCAUUUUCAGCCUUAGUUCCUGCCUGUUACCCAGGUCCAGCUCCAGCAUUCCCAGCCCCAGCUUCUCCUCCAGCACCAGCUUCAUCCCCAGUUCUAGGCACUCCACCUUCCACUGUCUCCAUCAAGACCCCUACCCCCAGCCACUCUGUGUCCAUACUGGUCAAGGAGAAGGGCUACCAGGCAGAUAUUGGGUCUUUGGUCUCUGAGGCUGUGUCAGAGGCCAUAACAAGGAGUGGGUGUGAAGGUGGGGGUGGAGGCGUCCCAGGGAAACAUAUCAACCAAAUAGAGAUCCCUCUUCAGACCCGUGGAUCCUCAGAUGGGGGUACGAGUGACUCACACAGACAGAGAACUUACUCGUCCUCUUCUUCAUCCUAUGUGAAAGCAGCCUCAUCCAUAUCAUCCUCAAGCACUGUGAAAGAAACCUCAUCCUUCUCCUCAACCUCUGUCAAUGCGUCAACCUCCGCAUCAUCUUCUGUGAAUGCAUCAACUUCAGCCUCGUCCUUUUCCUCAUCUUCCGUCACUGCAUCAGCCUCUUCCUCUCAUUCCCAUUCGGCCCAAAAUUCUCCCAGGCUUCGAAGAGACUCUGCUCAAAUGGAAGACAGUGUUAGGACCCCUUUGAAUCAGGAGAGGGUUAGUGUCAGAGCUACGGUCAGAGACCUAGAGCAACGCACAACAUCAUCACCACCACCCUCACAGAAGAAAACACAGGAAGACACUGCUGAAAAAGAGACGGUGAAGAAAUCAACCUACUCACCUAAGUUACCAGGCUCGCUACCAGGCUCACCAGCACUGAUGAGAAGAUACCGACCACAAGUGAUCGAGGUGAGGUCGUUGUCCAAGGAAAUACAUAAACAAGAUAAACAAGAGAAGAACAUCACGUCAAACACCAGACCGCAAACUAUAGAGGUUCACUCAAUAGCCAACGGUCCGCUACUGGCACUGAAACCAAAGUUCAAACCGACAGAUGCAAAUUCACUGUCCAAUGAAACACAGCAGAAACCAGUGGAGGCAGCAACAUCAACCUUCAAACAGAACACAGAAGAGGAGAGACCUGUGAACAAUGAGAAACCAUCAACUGCAGCUACGACUAUCCACAGACAUCUAUCGAAUGAUUCGACCCCAGCGUCUAACUGCAAUAAAAAGUUAUCCGUUUCUGCAGUGUCUAGCUUCAGGCCUUCACCUACCAAAACAACAAUCAUCGCUAGUUUCUCUCACAAACCACCAUCAACAACAGUAGACGCAGAGACAUCAAAUGAAAGGCCAAAGCAACCAGAGGCCUCAACCCAGGGACAAGGAGAGGCCCCCAGCUACACACAGAGACCCACAACCCUCACAGUCUCAGCCCCAGCUCCAGCCCCAGCUCCGAACCAAGCCCUUGCUGCCCCAGAUCCUGCCCAAGUCCCUACCCAUGCCCCUGCCCAAGUCCCUACCCAUGCCCCUGCCAUACACUCAAGCCAGUCAGCUGAUGUGGAUAUAACCAACCACCUGCAGCAUCCAAAAACAAAAACAGCUUACCCUCAGGAGCAAACUAUGCCGGUUACCUUUAACAAUACAAACCAAACUGCCACGGUAUUCACAAACACACAGGCUCCCGUAUACACACACCACAUACACACGCAGCAGCCCAUACACAGAUCCUUGUCUAGCGACUACUCGCAGAGGGCAGACGACCUGCGUUUCUACGCAUCAGAUGACCCCCCUAGUUAUGACGAGAGGGAAAGCUUCAGCCCCCUCCACCUACCUGACCUGCCCCAGAGGAAGCUGAACCGCUACCACCCCCUCUCUUCCUUCUCCUCUGCCUCCUCCCGUCCCCCUCCCUGCUCCUGCACCUCCGGCUGCCCCUCCCACGGCCUUACACCCCCUCACCACCACCACUCCCCCCACACCCCUCCCUUCCCCUCCCCCUCACACUCCCCUGGUCAACCUCCUCUCCGCCUACACCAGUGCAGAGCGGAUCCCCAUUCUCUGAGAUCAAUCGGCUACCAGCCCAGCUCUCCCAAAUCAUCCACCCUCCCCAGCCGCACCCAGCCCCCUCCAGGCAUGUACCAGUCCCUCCACCAACCCCACCCCUCCAUACUCCAGCCCUGCCUGGCUGACCACCCUCUCCAGCACCCCCAACACAUGGAACCCCGUCAGGCCCCCACUCUCCACCGCUCCCCCCAGGGCCAGCCAUCUGUCUCCGGGGGCCCCUACAGUGACCACACCUCUCCCAACCUGCCCCCUAUGGACCCUCAGUACUUGUGCAGCUCACAGAGCCUAGGGCCAUCCUAUGGGUCUGAUUAUGGGAGUCUGUCUGGGUCUGACUACCCAGACAGUACAGGUGGUCUGGGUUACGGACAAACCCCUCGCAGGGUCCUCAUGGAUCCUGGCACGGGGAAGUACUUCUACAUUGAGGUGCCUGUGCAGCCACUGAGGAAGAUGCUGUUUGAUCCAGAGACGGGCCAGUACGUGGAGGUGCUCAUCCCUCAGAGUACCAUGUCUCACUCAGGCCUUUACCCUCCAUUGGCCGCCCCCUACUCCACUGCCUCAGCGGCCCCCUACUCCUCCAUCCACAACCCCAAUAUAUAUGCCCCAGGCCCCCAGUACCUCCCCUAUGGCCCCCCUCCUCCUGCACCUCAUCCCCAGUCCCAGCCCCAGCCACCCCGCCACCCAGAGGCUCCAGUCCCAGGGACGAUGCAUCAGAAUGGGGCUCAGGUCGGCUACGGGAGCCCCGGGAGCCUGGGGUCCAAGCCGGAGCCCCAGAGUCAUGCACCUCUGGACCAGAGCUACCUGGAUAGCAUGUACUACGUCCCUACAGGCAUGAACACUAGUCCCCCGGACUGCUACCACAAACAACCCUCCAGUCUGCCCAACGCGGGGGGGAAGAGGGCCUGAAAUAGUCGUCUUCCUGGUGCCUGUAGGGUCUCAGAAUACAGCCAUGCCAGGGUGUAUAUGAGGUGCUCUAAUGUAAGCCUCAGGCCUUGAUGUUAGCUUUGUUUCCCUGGCUACUGGACUGGAGUCAAUGAUUCUUUAGUUGUGGUUGUUUGUUGUUUUUUAAAUGUUUUGUUGUUUAUGUUCUUCGCUGCCUUUAUUUGCCUGGUUGCCUGAUUAUGUUAGCUUUUUAUGCAUUGAUUUGGUAAGAGAAAAAAACUAUCAUUGUGUUUGAAGGUCCGUGAGGAUAUUUCUGGGAUUUCUAAUGAUAUUUUUCUUUGACAAAAACAAAAAAUCUAAACGUUCUACUGGUUCUAACAGCCAUCAGGUGUGUCUUAUCAAUUCUCAUUGAUGAUUCAUUCAAUCUAAACGUUCUACUGGUUCUAACAGCCAUCAGGUGUGCCUUAUCCAUUCUCAUUGAUGAUUCAUUCAAUCUAAACGUU